GGGCUCUGCGCGGGAACGCUAACCUGGUCCGGAGCGAGCGGCGGAUUCAGCUCGGCCCACGACAUUUCGCGAGUCUUCAAGCCUUCAGGCUUUUUUUCAGUCAACAUGAGUGAUAAGCCAGACUUGUCGGAAGUGGAGAAGUUUGACAGGUCAAAACUGAAGAAAACUAAUACUGAAGAAAAAAAUACUCUUCCCUCUAAGGAAACUAUCCAGCAGGAGAAAGAGGGUGUUCAAACAUCGUAAAAUGGAGAUCUCUUCCCAAGAGCAAAUUUCAACACUGUCUGAGAGUCUUGGUUUUAUGCUUGUUUUUUGUAAACCUAUGUCUUUGUAGAGAUUUUAGGCAUUUUGUGAUGUCUUCUCACCUAUAUUCCCUGGCUAUGAGCUCAGGGGUAGCCAAUGCUCCCUUAAGUUCAUUUGUAAACUUCCCAUCAGUGCAUAAAUUUUAGAUGUCAGAUGCUGUCAAUAAUCUCACCAUUGAUGACCUUUGUGUGUGUAGUCCUCGUACCUCCUAUAUGAUAAGCCAAUUUUAACCUUCUCUGUUGCUUCAUAAUCUUCAUAAAGUUUCAUGCUUUUGCAACUUCUCAUAGUUUAUUUUCAUUUCUAAUGUAGAAAUAAAAUAACAAUUAUAAUC